CCUAAUAUCAGGGACAUAAUGUUCUAUAAUGUCUGUUAUUCGGAAUCCAAAGAAAGCCAGAGAUAUUGAGAUUUACAGUGAAAAUCUACAGAGGAAGAGAUAGCGAAGGACAAUUAUUAAUUUAUUUUCCUAUUUUAGUUUUCAUUACAACCUUAAUCUUCGUGUUGUGUGUUCUGUAACUUCCCAGAUUUUUUUUUUCUCUUUGCUGGGCUUCGUUGCCUUUUCCCCUUUUUUUCUCUUUCCUCUGCUCUCGAUUCAGUUUAGGGCGAGAAAAAGUAGCUGUUUUUACAGGGUUUAUCACAAAGAUCCUUCCUUUUUUACUUGAAGCUCGCCAUUUUCUUAGGGUUUCUCUUGAUUUCAUUCAUCUCCAGUGCCCAGAUCUCUCUCUCUACUCAUCUGCCAUUUGUAAGCUCCUCUUCUUCCUCCUCUCUCCAAAGUUUACAUUUUGUUGUUUUCUCUGGAUCUUCUUAAGCUAAUCUUUGAUUCUGUUUAUGAGAUUGUGUUUCCGAUUAUGAAUUUAGGCUUUGUCUACAUGCAGGGCUGUGUUCAAUGAUUAGGGUUUUGAUUUAGAACCAAAGCUUUUGGGUUUUACUGGUUUAGUUUAGGCUUGUUGCGAAGUAGAGAAAAAAAGGGAAGGGUUUUGGCCCUUUUGUGGGGAGAUAAUUUAGGGUUUCUGUAAUUAUGAUCAAACAGAUAUUUGGGAAAUUGCCCAGAAAACCUUCAAAAUCUUCGCAUAAUGACUCGAAUCCAAACGGAGAAGGUGGGGUUAAUUCAUAUUACAUUCCCAAUUCGGGUAUUAGUAGUAUCUCGAAGCCUUCUUCGAAAUCAUCCGCAUCGAAUUCGAAUGGAGCAAAUGGAACUGUUAUUGCUCCUUCUUCAACGAGCUCUAACAGAACCAAUCAAGUCAAUGGAGUUUAUGAAGCAUUGCCAAGCUUUAGAGAUGUUCCUACCUCGGAGAAACCUAAUCUGUUUAUCAAGAAGUUGAGUAUGUGUUGCGUUGUGUUCGACUUCAAUGAUCCGUCGAAGAAUCUGAGAGAGAAAGAGAUAAAGAGACAGACUUUGCUUGAGCUUGUUGAUUAUAUUGCAACGGUUUCUACAAAGUUGAGUGAUGCUGCAAUGCAAGAGAUUGCGAAAGUGGCUGUUGUUAAUCUUUUCAGGACGUUUCCUUCUGCGAAUCACGAGAGUAAGAUUCUCGAAACGCUUGAUGUGGAUGAUGAGGAACCUGCUUUAGAGCCGGCUUGGCCUCAUCUUCAAGUUGUCUAUGAGCUUCUUCUUAGAUUUGUGGCCUCGCCUAUGACUGAUGCAAAGCUUGCAAAGAGAUAUAUUGACCAUUCAUUUGUCUUGAAGCUCUUGGAUUUGUUUGACUCUGAAGACCAGAGAGAGAGGGAAUAUCUAAAGACCAUUCUUCAUCGGAUAUACGGGAAAUUCAUGGUGCACCGACCCUUUAUCAGAAAGGCGAUCAACAAUAUCUUCUACAGAUUCAUUUUUGAAACCGAAAAGCAUAACGGUAUUGCAGAGUUGCUUGAGAUACUAGGAAGUAUAAUCAACGGUUUCGCUUUACCGUUAAAAGAAGAGCAUAAGCUCUUCCUAAUCCGGGCAUUGAUUCCACUCCACAGACCUAAAUGUGCAUCUGCUUAUCAUCAACAGCUUUCUUAUUGCAUUGUUCAGUUUGUAGAGAAAGACUUCAAGCUUGCUGAUACGGUCAUUAGAGGACUUCUAAAGUAUUGGCCUGUGACUAAUAGUUCAAAGGAAGUUAUGUUUCUUGGAGAGUUGGAAGAAGUUUUGGAAGCAACUCAAGCAGCUGAGUUUCAGCGAUGUAUGGUUCCUUUAUUUCGUCAAAUCGCUAGAUGCCUCAACAGUUCACAUUUUCAGGUGCGACUCUCGAUAAGUUGUUCAUAUAGUCUCGCAAUUUUGCAGGUUAUAUUCAAAGUUGCUUCUUUUGUCAGGUGGCUGAAAGGGCUCUAUUUCUAUGGAACAACGAUCACAUAAGAAACCUGAUUACUCAAAACCAUAAAGUGAUAAUGCCCAUUGUGUUCCCGGCUAUGGAGAGAAACACACGGGGGCAUUGGAACCAAGCAGUUCAGAGUCUGACUUUGAAUGUGAGAAAGGUAAUGGCAGAGACAGACCAAAUUCUGUUUGAUGAAUGCUUAGCCAAGUUCCAAGAAGAUGAAGCGAAUGAAACCGAGGUUGUAGCCAAACGAGAAGCAACAUGGAAGCUUUUGGAAGAGUUAGCAGCUUCGAAAUCCGUAAGCAACGAGGCAGUGCUCGUCCCCCGAUUUUCAUCUUCAGUUACUCUUGCAACCGGUAAAACUUCGGGUAGUUGAACACUUUCUGCUCUCUAUCACCGAGACAUACUUUCAAACAAUCCAGCAGAAUUGUAUCGAUCCGUUCGAGCAUCAGGAUCAGUCCUUGAAGAAGAUUAAGCACGAUGAUUAAGAAGGGCAAUAUCAUCAGUGAAUACUUAAUUAUAACAUUUUUUUCAGGUUUAUGGAAUCAUGGGUUCAAUUGUUUGUUGCUUCUGAUCCUUUUUUUUUCUUACUCAGCUCUUAGUUGAAUAACAAUCUGAGGUGUAAGAAAUAUGGCUUAUAGAUAUAGUUCUUGAGAGGACGACUAAACAAUUAUUCGUAUUUGUAUUGUGGAAUGAAUUGUAUUUUAUGCUUUGAAGUUCAUUAAUUUAGCUCCCCUACUAACCAAAU